AACCCCUCCACUUCCCAUUUCGUAUCAAACCAAGUCCACCUCUAUCUCGCCGUCGCCUCCCCGCUCCUUUGCUUCCGCCCGGCCGUUUCUCUAGGGUUUAACGCCAUGGACGUCGAGGACGAGCUCCCGACCGCCCCCGCGCCCGCGGACGGCGGAGAGUCCUCGCACGCGCUGGUGUCCGGGGACCAGUUGGACGUGGAGGCGUACGCGGCGCAGUACUCGGGGCGCACGCGCGUGGGGCGGCUCCUCUUCAUCGCGGAGAAGUGCGGGUCGGAGCAGAUGCGGCUGGAUGCGCUCCGGCUGGCCUACGACUGGGCCCUCAAGGGCGAGGACACGGCCCUCCACCGCGACGUCUCCGCCAAGAUCGCCGGCCGCCUUGGGCCCCGCUACACCGCCGACCAGCCCUGGUCCGACGCCGUCGAGCGCCGCGCCCUGCUGCGCAAGGAUAAGCUUGACAGCGAGCUCAAUGUCUACAGGACCAAUCUGAUCAAAGAGAGUAUCCGGAUGGGCUACAAUGACCUUGGUGAUUUCCACUAUGCUCAAGGCCACCUUUCAGACGCCUUCAAGAGCUAUAUCAGGACCCGCGAUUACUGCACUACCUCGAAGCAUGUUGUUCAGAUGUGCUUGAAUGUCAUACUUGUUAGCAUUGAGCUGGGGCAGUUUAUGCACGUGUCAAAUUAUGUCAUCAAGGCGGAGCAGACCCCAGACGAUUUGGAUCGUAUUACUGCCGCCAAGUUGCGAGCUGCUGCUGGAUUAGCCUACAUGGAAACAAACAAGUACAAACUUGCUGCCCGGAAGUUUAUAGAGACAGGAUCAGAGCUAAGGAGCAACUAUUCUGAAGUUAUAGCUCCACACGAUGUUGCUGUCUAUGGUGCACUAUGCGCGCUUGCUUCUUUUGAUCGCUCAGAGCUGAAGAGCAAAGUUAUUGACAACUACAAUUUUUGCAAUUUCUUGGAGUUAGUGCCUGAAGUAAGGGAGCUGGUAAAUGAUUUUUAUGCAAGCCGCUAUGGGUCAUGUCUGGGAUAUCUUGAGAAGCUGAAGUCAAACCUGCUGCUGGAUAUGCAUCUGCAUGGGCAUAUAGAAACUCUGUACAAGGACAUUCGACACAAAGCCAUCAUACAGUACACUUUCCCAUUCAUAUCUGUUGAUCUCAACUUGAUGGCUGUUGCCUUCCAGACAUCUGUGUCCCUGCUAGAGAAAGAGCUGGCAGCGCUUAUCACUGAUAACAAAAUACAGGCUCGUAUCGACUCACACAACAAGAUUCUAUACGCAAGCCACGCCGACCAAAGGAAUGGAACUUUCCAGCGUGCACUGCAGACUGGCAAUGAGUUUGAGAGAGAUGUCAAGUCCAUGCUUCUGAGGGCGAACCUUCUCAAGCACGAGUUCAGCCAGAAGGCAGCAGAAAGGAAGGUGUGAAAACAAGUUCUCCUUGGUUCGGGCCAUAGGUGCAUUGAGCGAUUUUAGUGAUGAUUCGUGCCAUAGUCAAGUGUUUCAUGUCAUGAUCGGAAUAUUCAAGCUAAGAUACUAGACAAAGAUAAUAUUACUCCUGCCAUGCACGUCUUUUGCGGAGACCAUGUGGUUAAUUUUGUACUACUUAUUACUGGCAUUCAUUUUGGAGUUUUCGUAUAGACUUA